CCCAAAAUUCAGUUGAUUUAGGGUUUCACGUACAACUAUGUCGAUGCCGUGUGAUUGUGGAAGGACUGUAAAGGAAUCUCCACCGGAGAAGAAAUUGAAACUGGAUGCGGAGGUUGAUGGAGAUCAAAACGGGAAUGAAGAAUCUUCCGGUUAUGAUUCCGAUGAUUGGACUACUUGGCCAAAUAAGGACGCCUUUAUCAAGUACUUUCAACAAGUAAACGAGAGCGAUGGCUUUGACUUUGACGAAUACCCUGGGUCGUCCAUGUAUACACCCAUCCGCCCCCUUCUAAAAUUUGAAGGAUUACCUAAGUUUGCUGAUGAAAUCAAGGGUUACGCUUCAAUGGCAAUCAAGCAUUACUUUGGCGAUGAUGGGAAGGAACGCAAUGUUACGAAGAUUGUAAAGAUAAAUGCAGGUGGUCCUCGUGACGUUACCUAUUACAUUACCUUUAGAAUUGAUAAUGAAGGGAAGGAAGAAACUUUUCAAGCUAAGGUGCAACUCCCAAUUGGGGGAACAAUAGAAUUUCCAAUUUGCAGGCGCAAGGAUUAACUUCUCCCCUCAUGUACAAAAACUUUGGUCUCCGGUUUACUAUAGUGAAUUAGUUGAAGACU